UCGAUUUUUGACAUUCGAAUUUAAAUGAAACUUAGAAAUCUAACUUAAUUUUACUGUGAAAAUGAAUUAUUCGAAUAAAGAAAAGCGCGACAUGAUUGAAACCUACAUUAGAAGUGAUAAAAAUGCUAGACGAGUCUCUGAUUACUAUUUUGAGAGGCAUUUUGACCGUCGUCAAAGGUCCUUGAAAACACUCAAACGAUUAUACGAAAAUUUGGGCACUUAUGGAAGUUUUACGCAGCCAAGAAAUGAAGAUAAAGCCAUAAAUGAAGCUGUGGAAGUUAAUGUCUUGGCAAUUGUAAGGCAGAAUCCACAGAUUUCAGCCAGAGAUAUCGCAGCAGAAUCCGGGACUUUCCAAAGCACCGUGAUGAGAGGAAUGAGGAGCUGCAUGUGCAGUUUUGUACAUGGUUCCGAAACAAUUGCCAACAAGACAUUCAAUUCUCUUAUAAAAUAUUGUGGACCGACGAAACUCGAUUUACAAAUUGUGGUAUGUUUAAUCGUCACAAUGACCAUCUUUGGAAUCAAACAAAUCACCACCACGUUGAGCAAAGAAGACCACAAGUUAAAUUUGGGUUCAACGAUUGGAGCAGAAUGGUAGGUUCAAAAAUUCUUGGACAAUUUAUUUUUGAAGGCACCUUAAAUGGUAGUCAGUAUCUUCAAUUCAUUCGGAAUAACCUGGAUUUUAUGUUGAACGACUUACAUUUAGAAGCAUGACGUAAUAUGCAAUGCUUUCAAUUUGAUGGGUCUCCUCCGCAUUAUUUUUCCCAAGUUUGGAACCACCUGGACGUAACAUUUCCUGGGGCUUGGAUUGGACGAAACGGCCCUAUUUUGUGGCCAUCUCGAUCACCGGACCUUUUACCUUUGGAUUUAUUUUUGUGGGGAGCCGUAAAAAACACAGUUUACAAAAACAAAUAUUCCCUUUUAAAUGCACUUAAAGAAGUUGUUGUUAGAGAAUUUGAAAAUAUUGAUCCACAAGAAAAGCAACUUAUUCAGUUUGAAGGCGUCGUAAUGUUUGCAUUAAUAAUAAUG